AAUUGUAGUUUUCGAAAUAAAGCUACACGAUUAUUAUUAAAGCGGUAAAUCAGUUGAACAAAGUAGUUGUUCGAUUGAAUGAUUUUAGGUUGUAAACUGUUUGGGAAAAAGCUAGAUUCGGGAUAAUUCUCAGGUGUGGCAAGUAUGCAACUUAAUUAAAUUAAUUAGGAAUUAUAAAUUAUAUGUUCUCGAAUUCAAACUUAAGUAUAAUCUAUCAACCUAUGUUUUUUUAGAUUAUCUAAUGUCUAGAUCUAAGAUCUAAGUUGUCGCUUGUUGAUCUUGAGAAAGUGUUGAUCGACGAUCCUAUAUGAAUGUCGAUCGAUACACCUUUCAGCCCGUUGAUCGAUACAACUAUGGAGUCGUCGAUCGACGUUCCUUCUAGCUAGCAUGCUUUGCAAACAGGUUUGGAUAGGUUCUCUAAUCUUCUGGACCAACUUUCAUGUGUAUCCAGUUGAUUAGGUAAUACUAGUUAGUUUCAGGCAAUUAACCAAGCUAAUAUCAACGUCAGGUUGGGGUACGGUUGAGAAGCCUUAGGCUUUGAUCUGAUGGGACGUGCUAGUGGGCGAACUGGCCUAGUGGACGGUUGGCCCAUUGGUCAUAUUCUUGUUUGAUUGUUGGCCGGUGGUUCGACCUAUUCCUAAAAUGGUUCGAGGGUGUUACAGAGGUGGUAUUGCGCUAGUUAAACCUAAGAUCUAAGUUUAAAGUGAUCAAUCCUAGACUUAGCAUUAAGAGCAACUAGAUGAAAAACUAUUAAAAUAUCCUAACAACAAUUCAUAUUAGCAAUACGUAAAUCACCCUUUGAAGAACCCUAAUCUAACAAUAAGACUACUCAGACAUAUUCAUAAGAAACAUGGUCAUGAUGGUCUGAAUAAAACUUAAAUGAAAUGAAUAUGAAAAGUAACAAGACAAAGCAAAGCAACAAUGGAGUUCAAGAUCUUCUCUGUUAUGAAGUUCAGAUCUCUCUCUCCUCUCCUAAACUCUCUAAGCUAUCAAGUAUAUCUUCUCUUCAAAUGUGUGACAAUGGUGGAAGAAGUCUCAAGAAGUUCUUCCUCUAAAAUGAUACAAAAACCCUAAUAAAUAGCAUAAUAUGCGCCAGGGACUUAUGGUGCAAUAACUUGGAGUUUUAGGUAAAACUUGUGAUUUCCUUUAUUGUUGAUUCUCGCGGAUGGCUCACCGUCGAUCGACAUCGAUAGUGCUCUGUCGAUCGAUUGUGGAAGUUAUCCGUCGAUCAAUGUUUAUCCUCAAUUAUCGAUGGUUGAAGAAGUCUCUAGAAGUUCUUCCUCUAAAAUGAUACAAAACCCUAAUAAAUAGCCUAAUAUGUGGCCAGGGACUUAUGGUGCAAUAACUUGGAGGUUUAGGUAAAACUUGUGAUUUCCUUUAAUGUUGAUUCUCGCGUAUGGCUCACCGUCGAUCGACAUCGAUAGUGCUUUGUCGAUCGAUUGUGGAAGUUAUCUGUCGAUCAAUGUUUAUCCUCAAUUAUCGAUCCGACUUAGUGAUUUCAGCGUAGUUCUCAAAAAUGGUUCCAAAAUACUCCAAAAUCACAAUUUUCCUCAAAUAAGUACCUAAACCUGUAAAAGCUCUGAAAAGACUCCAAAUGCAUAUAAAAGACUUUGAAAACAUAUAUAAAUCAUGGUCAAAAGUGGAUAAAAUCCAUGAUGUAUCAAUCUCUCGGUCUUUAUCACCAUAAAGCCAUCUCCUUCUCUUCAUCACCAUGAAGCUCUUUAUCAAACUUCAUCGCACCUCUUCAUCGCUAUGAAGCCCUCUCCCACUCUUUAUCGCCAUGGAACUCUCUCGCGGACUUCAUCGCGACCUCUUCAUUGCCGGUCCUCAUCGCCCGCACCUUCUACUCAUCUUGUUUUCAUUUUUAUUUUGCCCGGGAGAAGUCAUAAAAACAAAAUAUAGUAAGAAAACAGUCUAAAACAUGAUGCAGCCCAUUUAUGACGCAAAGCAUAAAGCACCCCAAUCUUAGUGACUGUUUACUUGGGGAAAAAUAAGGAAGAAAAUAGGAUAAUGGGAGAUUUCAGGUAAAGAGAAAAACUCAAAUCUGAAUGGAUAAGAAAAGAUCAGAUGGAAGAAGAAGAUAUGAAUCUACGGAGGAAAGGGCAACAUGACCAACUUUGUAAGACUAUAUAAACAGUAUCUCGGACAUUCAAGAGGAAGAGUAAAAAGGGCGGAGUAUAAUGCUUACUCUUUUCUAAUUGUAGGCAGACUUUUGAACUCUGCAUAGCCACCAUUGAUAAUGUUGUGUGGGACUCUAGAUGUUAUAAAAUUGCAUGUAGUGAUUGCCAAACUAAAGUGAACAGAGGGAUGACCUCAUUGAUGUGUCCAAAAUGUGAUAAUGUGAAUGCAACUGAAGUUGCGAGGUUAGCUUUCCUAAUCCUCAUAUAUCUUCAUUGUUUAUCCUUUAUUCUAAGUUGUCUGUUCUUCAAUAAAUAAACGUAAAUCUAACUAUAUACAUUAAACAAGCGAUUACUGUGUAAAUUAAAAUUGAUAGAAAUCAAAUGACUGACCGCUCAAAUUACUAUAUUCAUUUAUUCUUACAACUUUUUUAAAAUUUUUGAAUAUGACAAAACCAUAAUAGUUAUGAGAAUAUUUUUACACUCUUUCUUAAGAAAAUAACUACAUAAAAAUAAAUUAAAUAAUGAUAUUCAAAACAUCAAUUAUGAAAUGUGAAAUGUUAAUUACAACCGAAAACAUAUUAAUUAUAUGUUGAAUUUUUAGAAUCAAGUUUUGAAGUUGACCUAGAUCACGGGUUUUACCUGUUUUUAUUUAGUUUUACCAAUUUUUCUUAGAUCCAGGUUUUAAACUGGAUCAGACUCAGCUUCUUCAAAGGUUUAUGGUUGGUCCGGUCCGGUCCAGUUUUCAAAGUACUCGUUUAAGUACAAUAUUUCAUUUCAAUUUUUUUUCUGAAAUGUUUAUCCCAGUGAAAAAAAUAAUAAAAUAAUCAUUUAUGAACGGUUUUGAGUUUUAGGUUUUAACCAUAGGGGCCCGUGUGGUCCACGUGAUGGAUAACAUAGGCAUGGAAAUGGUUAGAGAUGUAAACUGGGUUAGCCCACGUCCAUUAGCCCAUAUCCAUUUAUCCAUUUAUUUUUUGUGGACAAAGAAUGACCAUGUCCAUUAGAAACCAUGUCCAUUAAGGACAAGACCCAUUAACACCCAUGUUUACAUGGGCUGCAAUGGAGUCCAUAAUAGAUCAUAUAAGAAAAAAAAAUUAAACCUAUAAGCCUACAAAUUUUACAGAUUUGGCAGAAAACUCGGUUUUGCGUUUUCAGUAGAAAAAUCGAUUUUGCGGUUUUGCCAAAAAAACUCGUUUUUGACGGACAAACUCGAUUUUUCGGUUUUGGCGGAAAAACUCGAUUUUCUAAUCUUGCAAGGAAAACACGAUUUUCUGGUUUUGGCAGAGACUGAACGGGGAGACGAACGAAGAGACUUUCUCCGAUGAAACUCAGUUACAAUCGCCAAAGAAGUCGCAUAAACUCUCUUUCACGAUGAAAUGAAAUUUUUCAAUUUUCCCCUAAAUUUUAGAAACCCUAAAAAAAAAUUUAAUUGGGCCGCUCAUGUCCAUAUUAACCAAAUCCACAAACACCCAUAGAUUAAUUGGUUUUCCAAUUUUGACAAUGUAAAGCCCAUCUGGAAAUAUGGGUAUAACUAAUGGAACCCCAAAUAUAUUUGGACAUGGACGUCCAUUGGACAGUCCACCCAUUUUACAGCUCUAGAAAUGGUGAGUCGUUCAGGGGUGGUUGAUGAUGCUCGUAAUCUGUCGUUGCUCCCACAAACUAGUACCUAAGGGAAAAUUAUAAUCCCGAGAAAAAUAGCUAAAUUUUUAAAAGAAAAAAAAAGAAGAAAUUGUCAUCUAUUUAAGGUGAUAAUAAAUAUGUGAAUAAAAAACUAACCUUACGAUAAAAGGCCAAUAUAAUCAACUAUCAGCCAGGCCACGUGGUCUUAAAAAUUAACGAAUAGACAGGCUAGGAAUGGACAUUUGGGUCAUCGGAUUGGGUUCGGGUCGGGUCAUUGCGGAUCCGGAUCCUUCAGGUGUACGAGUUUAAGACCCGAUAGGGUAAUUUGAAAUUCUCGGUUUGGGGUUUGGGUUUUCUCGGAUCCGGGUCGGAUCAGGUCUUAGAUAGUUGGACCCAAUAGGGUAAUUAGAGUUUGUCGAUUCGGAUUCGGUUCGGUUAUGAAUCGGGUUCGGUUCGGGUCAUGUCGGGUCCAACACACAAAAAAAUACAUAAAACACAUUGAAAAUACCUGAAAAUAUUUAAAUACUCGAAAAAUAUGAUAAAUUUUAUCUAAAAUCUGAUCAAAGAACAUGAAAAAUAUCCUAAAUUUUAUCUAAUUUUCCAAAUUAUAUUUUUGAAAAUCUAAAUUUUUAUUCGAAACCCAAAACCAUACCCAAAAACUAAAAUUUGAAACUUAAAAAAAUACCCAUAAUACCAAAAAUAAACUGAAACACCCAUAUAUACCUAAUACAUACUAGAAGUUUCGGGUUUUCGGGUAUCCCACUCGGGUCUCAGGUUCGGGCUGGGUCGGGUCCAAGACCCGCUGGUCCUUCACAACAAGACCCAAUAGGGUAAAAAGAUCGGAUCGGUUUCGGAUCGGAUCGGGUCCUCGGAUCCGGGUAAAAUUCUCAGGCCUAAGACAGGCUCCAUGAUGCCACGUCAUGUCAUACGUCAAAAAUGAAAAAUUUAUGGCUUCUUCAUGUGGGUUCAUUUUUAGAUAAAUUAUAGAAAUAAAUUACUUUCUUAUUGAAAACUAAAGCUUUUGUUUAGACCAUCUCCAAUGGUUUACUCUAUUUUAUAGUAGUUUUCAAUCCAAAAUAAUGUAACUCUAAAAUAUAGUAGAGUUUCUCUCUAAUGGUUUAUUAUAUAUUUAACUCAAAAAAGGAUUAAUAUUAAAUAUAUUCUUUAUUUUAUUUUAUGACUAAUACCUUUUACUUACAAAAUUUACAAAUUUAUCCCAUAUAAUUUGUUUUUCAUAAGUUUUUAAUAAAUUAUAUAUUUAUAUCAAACAUUUAUUAUAUUAAAAAUUAUAUUACAUUACAAAAACAUAAUACAUUUAGCUUAAACAUCACCAUUAAUAUAUCUUUUCCACAAAUGAUCAAUUAACAAAUUCCGAGUGCGUAAUGAGCUUCCUUAUCUUUAAUUUUUCUAAAUCAAGCAAGAAACUAUCCAAACGGAAUAUUAUCAUUUAUAUAAUAUUUUAACAAUUUUGGUAGAUCUAGAAGAAAUUUACCAGAAUAUAAAGUCAUUAUUAUCUAUAAUUUUAAUUUUAUGUUAUGUUGCUUAUUUUUAGUUAUAGUACUUGUUUUUUUGGCUACUUAUAAAAUUAUUUUUAGUUUUAGUGCUUGUUUUUUGGCUAAUAAAAUAAGUUUCAAACAUCUGUAUAUAUUGUGUUGAACAUAAUGUGUUGUUUGCAUAAUUAAAUUACACUAAUAAUUUCAAAAUAAAAAGAUUAAAGAAUAAAAGGACUAAAGUAUAAAUAAAAAAGUUUCACUCUAUAAUAUAAUAAAAAUAUAUUUACUCCAAAUAUAGAGUAAUAAAUAGAGUAACACUAUUUUAGAGCAAAAUAUAGAGUGGAGUUUAAGAAGAUUUUACUCUAUAAUAGAGUUUAGUGUAGAAAAUAGAGUGGGAUUGGAGAUACCCUUAAAAGGGGUUAUUGGUAAGUGAAUUUUCAUGAACUUUGAAAAUUUUGAGAUCUCAUUGUUAUUGGUUCUUGGAUUUCAAAUGUCUUAGUAGAAUCCAUUAUUAUUGGUUUACGAAUUUUCAAAAUCCAUUUAAAUCCCUUGUUAUUCAAUUUCUUUAGUUAUUAUUGAUUCUCUAAUUCUAACUAAAUUUAGUGAUAUUGAGAGAUGAAUUAUAUUCAUUUUUAGUCAUAAGACUCAACUUUCAAAAUAUCAUAUGUAUGCAUGUGAUUUUAAAUCCAUGUGAUAAAAAAACUAGAAAACAAAAUAAUUAUUCUUACCAAACACCUUAAAUCCAAUUUAUAUGUCCAAAACUAUAAUUCAUUAUAUUAAUAUACUUUUAAGUUUUUAAUAUAUAAUUUUUUUAUAAUUAUUAUCAUUUUUAUUAAUAAUUACAUUUGUAAAUAUUAAAAAAUUAAUAUAAAAUGUUUUAAAAUAGUUUUGAAAAGCUUUUUCGAAUUUCAAAAAGAAAAUUUGAAAAAUAAUAUUUUGAAUUUUUUUAUAAAAACUAUAAAAGUUUGAAUUUGAAAACAUAUAAUCCAGAAUUAUAAAAAAGAAACUUUUUAUUUUUAUUAUUUUUAGUACAUAUAUAUCUAGUGAGAAAGGGAUAAAAUAGUCUUUUACUCUUUUAAUGAAACUUCUUUUGGUCAUUUUUCUCUUUGAGUGUUUUUUUUUUGUGACAAAAGCUUAAAAAUUUCUAUUUCAGAAAAUUUUCCAAUUUGGUAUGUAUCCUUAUUAUUUUCUUUUUAAUUUUAAAGAAAAAAAUAAAUAAUCAUGCUAUAUGAUUUAGAAAAUAAAUAAAUUAUAUAUUUACUUUACAGAAAGAAUGGUAGAAAAUAGGUAAUACAAUUUCAUGAAAAUUUAUAUCAAUCUAAAAAAAUUAUGAUCAAAUUUUAUAAGUCAAUGUAUAUUAUAUAUAUUUUCACAAUCCACAUAACUUUUGAAAAUCUAUCAACUCUUAAAAUUCAUAAACUCUACGCAAGUUCAUGUUUACACUAACCAAUUUUACCAUCAGUAAAAGAUAUUUAUAACCAUAUGAUUAAUUUUGACAAAAAAAACCUUAAAGUUAACUAACCUAAAAUUAAAACCUCAACUCCAAACCGUAAACCAUCAACUCUAAACCCUAAAUCCUAAACCAUCAACUCUAAACCCUAAACCAUCAACUCUAAACCCUAAACCUUGAAACAUCAAUACUAAACCCUAAACCUUAAAACAUCAACUUUAAAUCUUAAAUCUUAAAUCCUAAAUCUUGAACUUUAAACUAUAAAACAUCAACUCUAAACCUUAAACCUUUAAUUCUGAAAGUGGUAAACACGAAAUUCCUUCCAAAUUCAUCUCCUACUAAUCUUGUAAAGUUUAAUUAAUUUGAGUUGUCAAAAGAAUUUAUAAACAUUUUUUAUUAAAAAAACGAUCUUUUGGGCCCAAACUAAAGAAGAAGAAAAAAAGCUGCACUUGGGGGCAAAGAAAGCUUUUUGUGUUGGGUUUAAGAAAGCUUCGAGCUUUGGACUGGACGGAGUUAGUUAGUUAGUUGUUCGUCUUCGCUCUACGCCGCCUUCAGUCGCACGUAGGCAGGUAUAGUUUCUUCACCUGUCGUCUCUCAGAUCAUCAAUGGGUUUUGCGUUCUUCUCCCUCUUGUUUGAUCUCCAUCUCUAUUUCCAAGGGUUUUGAUCUCAGAGCACAAUUGAUUGAUAAACCUCCUUUAGUUUCGUAUGCCACAUUUGCUUAGUUGAAAUCCUGAUCUCGAAAUGACUGGAACCACUUGUGAAAAUAGCUUAAUUUGUUUUUUCACAUCUUAUUUUUUUUUUUAUUAUUAUUAUUUUUUUGUCUGAACCAAACUAGUUCAUCGAAUAGGACAGUAUUCAAAAAAAGUCUUUACUCUUGAUGAUUUAAAUGGUGUUUAGUUUACUGUUUGUUGUUGACCAUCUCUGGUGAAAUCAAACAGGAAUUAGUUUGGAAAUGGAAACUAGUCGAAGAGAUGAUGAGCUUGCUAGCUUCUUAACUGUUCUUCCCCCUGUGGAUUUCUGCUGUGUUUAUGGUUCAACGCUCCACCCAAAUAACCAAGAUAAGUCUAAGAUGGUGGACUACAUCCUUGGAGUUUCUGAUCCCAUGCAAUGGCACUCUCAGGUGAGUAAUCUGAAAAUGAAUUCAGAUCACUAUGCUUCAUGGAUGGUUCACCUUGGUGGAGCUAGGCUGAUUACGGAAGUUGCAGAUAAAGUAGGUGUUGGAGUUCACUUCAACCCAUUUGUCAAUUGGAACGACAGGAAGCUCAAGUAUGGGGUUGUUCGGAUGAAUGACCUAGUACAGGACAUACUGGACUGGAACAGAUUCUACUUGAGUGGCCGUUUACAAAAACCGGUUCAUUUGCUUGUUGAUAAUCUGGACAUAGAAGACGUGAACUCUGUUAAUAAGAGAGCCGCAGUAUCUGCAGCCCUUCUUCUCUUGCCUUCAAAAUUCACCGAGGAAGAUCUAUACGCCAAAAUAUGCAGCCUUUCUUACAUGGGAGACUUGCGAAUGCUUUUUGCAGAGGACACUAAUAAGGUGAACAAAAUUGUGAAGGGGCAGUUUGAUCUUUUCCAGUCAAUGUAUAAGCCUUUUCUUGAAGACUGCGAGACCAAACACUUGCUGAGAUUCUCAUCUGCUGAAACUAAUUUAGUGCAGGACUCUAGCCUUUCAGCAUCACGCUCUCUGGUCUCUUCUCUCCCUGCAUCAGUAAGAAGCCAAAUGGGGAAGUUACUUGGAGAAAAGAAAAUCAUGAGUGAGACCGGUAGAGUUUCAGGGGAAGUUUGUAUAGCUUCAAGAGAAGAAGCAGCGAAUUGUAUGGAGAAGGUAAUGAAGCGAAGGGUAAUGGUAUCGAGUGCAAGACAGGCUGUCUCUGGUUUCUUGGCUGCUGGAGCUAUCAAUGCAACAAUGUAUCUUUCCCAGAAAAUGCGCAAAGCUUGGAAUUCUCGGUCAUGAAAGGGUUUUUUUAGAUGAACUGAAAGUUGAAGAAAGUAGAUCUUUGCCACCAUUAGUUGAUCAUUCUUUCUUCUUUUUUUUUGGUUUUUUAAGAAAGGAAAAAAGUUUCCUAGCUACAUGAAGUUACUAUAAUAUGGUGGAAACCAUCCGAUGUAACAACUACACGAAGUUUAUGUUAAUAUAUGUCACAUGUGCGAAGUAAAUAAUAAUAUGGUGACAACA